GGGAGCCAGAGGAGGCGCCGGCCGCUGGGAGCCGAGAGCCGGAGCUCUUGGCGGCGGGAGCGCGGGCCGGAGCAGCCGAGGUCAAGAGGCAGCUGCCAUUGAAAGGUCGUGACAUUAGGGGAACAGCCAGCAGUAUUGACAGAAAACUUAGAUUACCUAAAUGACUGAUAAUGGUCUCCAGUUGCCAAAGAAGGUUGUGGAUGCCAAGAGAAAGGUAGCCAUUUCUCAGCCCCUUGAGUGCAAUCGGAUGCCUCCAGGAGCCCACGUUGGCCUGUAGUAGACAUGGCCGAGUUUACAAGCUACAAAGAUACUGCCUCUAGCCGCCACUUGCGGUUUAAGUUACAAAGCCUAAGCCGCCGUCUUGAUGAGUUGGAGGAAGCCACAAAAAAUCUCCAGAAAGCAGAGGAUGAGCUCCUGGAUCUGCAGGACAAGGUGAUUCAGGCAGAGGGCAGCAAUUCCAGCAUGCUGGCUGAGAUUGAGGUGCUGCGCCAGCGGGUGCUAAAGAUUGAAGGUAAAGAUGAGGAAAUCAAGAGGGCAGAGGACCUGUGUCAUCUGAUGAAGGAGAAACUUGAAGAGGAAGAAAACCUCACCCGAGAGCUGAAAUCUGAGAUUGAGCGGCUUCAGAAACGAAUGGCCGAGUUGGAGAAGCUAGAGGAGGCCUUUAGCAAGAGCAAGAAUGACUGUACCCAGCUUUGUUUGAGCCUGAAUGAGGAGAGAAAUCUGACCAAGAAAAUCUCCUCUGAGCUGGAAAUACUGAGAGUCAAAGUGAAAGAACUGGAAUCUUCUGAGGACCGCCUGGACAAGACUGAGCAGAGUCUAGUGUCAGAGCUAGAAAAGCUGAAAUCACUAACGCUGAGCUUUGUAAGUGAGAGAAAGUACUUGAAUGAAAAGGAGAAAGAGAACGAGAAAUUGAUAAAAGAGCUUACUCAGAAACUAGAGCAGAAUAAGAAAAUGAACCGAGAUUAUGCUAGGAAUGCCUCCAAUCUUCUGGAAAGGAAUGACCUACGGAUUGAAGAUGGCAUUUCUUGCACUCUGCCAUCCAAAGAAUUGAGAAGAAAAGGCACUCUGGACUAUCUAAAGCUGGUAGAAAAUGAAACAAGAAACAAAUCAGAAAACGAGAAAAACCGAAAUCAGGAAGACAACAAAAUCAAAGACCUUAACCAAGAGAUCGAGAAACUUAAGACACAGAUUAAACAUUUUGAAUCUUUGGAAGAAGAGCUUAAGAAAAUGAGGGCCAAAAAUAAUGACCUUCAGGAUAAUUACCGAAGUGAACAAAAUAAAAACAAACUCUUAGCCAGCCAGCUGGAAGAAGUAAAGCUACAAAUCAAGAAACAGAAAGAGUUAGAAAAUGGGGAAGUGGAGGGGGAAGAGGCUUUCCUGUCCAGCAAGGGCAGACAUGAGAGGACUAAGUUGAAAAUUCAGGGGAGUGAGACAUUUGGGUCCAAGCACACAUCUUGGGAGUUGUCUCCUCAGCACAAGCGGGAAAGGUUCCGAAAGGAGUAUUCUCUCAACAACGAAAAUUAUUCUCUAAGCAACAGACAGGCUUCUUCUCCUAGGAGGGCAGUCAAGGCUUCCAACAUGGGGGCAGGUUCAGACAAUGGGAUUCAGGAGACAAAGAGAACUGAAGACCGCUGUGCACCUGGAUCCUCUCAGAGUGAAGGGAAGAAAUCCAGGGAGCAGCCAUCAGUGCUCAGCCGCUACCCCCCAGCUGCUCAGGAGCACAGUAAGAUUUGGAGGGGAACUCCCAAGCCAGGCACUGAAGGUGGACUGAAGGGAAAAGCAGAGAAGACAACACGGACAUUUAGUGACUCCACCCAUGGGUCUGCUCCCAGUGACACACUGGGCAGAGCUGAGAAGGCUUCUGACACCUCCUCUGAGGUCCACUUUGGCAAGAGGGGACAGGUGCCUGGCAGUGGAAGUCAAAUGACUCAGGCCACAGACUCUGGCUGUUGUAAAGCCACUGGUGCACUGGCCUCAUCUCGGAGACCCUCCUCGGAAGGGCUCUCUAAGGGCAAAAAAGCUGCCAAUGGUCUGGAGGCUGACACCAGUUUCUCAAAUUCCAAGGCUCCUAUUUUAUCGAAGUACCCUUAUAGUUCCAGAAGCCAAGAGAAUAUCCUUCAGGGCUUUUCAACCCCAAAUAAAGAAGUUGAUCAACCCAUAGCAGUUGUGAUGGAGGACAGCAGUCAGCAUGAAGCUCUGAGGUGUCGAGUCAUCAAAUCCAGUGGCAGAGAGAAGCCAGACUCAGAUGAUGACUUGGAUGUGGCAUCUCUUGUUACUGCCAAGUUGGUAAACACAACCAUUACGCCAGAGCCAGAGCUCAAACUCCAGCCAAACUCCAGAGAAAAAGCCAAAGCCCGAGGGGCUCCUAGAACCUCCCUAUUUGAGAAUGAUAAAAAUGUCGGGAUAGAAAACGAAUCUGUGAAGGCUAACAGAGCCACCACCAAUGCCAUGGAGUUCCCAGAGGCCAAUGGUGCUGGGGGAAAAAGCCAAAGGCCCUUUAGCCCCAGGGAGGCCUUGCAGUCUAGAGCUGUCAUCAAACCUGUUAUCAUUGAUAAGGAUGUGAAAAAAAUCAUGGGAGGAUCUGGAACUGAGGCUGUGUUGGAUAAACAGAAAUCCACCUCUAAGCCAGGGUCAAACAAAGUGACAAGCAGCAUUACUAUUUAUCCUUCUGACAACAGCAGCCCUAGAGCCAUCCCAGGUGAGGCCCCAAGGGAGAGACACACGUCCACCAGCAACAUCCAGGUGGGGCCCUCAGAACUCACAUCUGUCAGCAACCACGUCAGCUCCCCCUUUGAGCUGUCUCUUCACAAACAUGACAUCACCUUGCAGUUCACAGAAGCAGAAAGAAUGGGAGAUGGGUUCUCAAAGAACAGGCCAGAAACAGUGGUGUCUCGAAGCAGCAUUCUGAUCAAGCCACUGGAUUCAGUGGAGAGAAAUAGCCAUGCCUCCCCAGCAGAGACAGUCAGGUGGAAAAGCCAUAGUGCCCCUUCGGAAGUGGGCUCUGCAGAUGCCAGACACAUCACUGUGCGGAAUGCCUGGAAGAGUAAACGAGACUUGAAAUCCCCGGAAGAUCCCCUGACUCGGGCAGGGAGAAACAUGGAAUCUCCCAACGCCUACACCCAGAGGUCUUCCACAGACUUCUCAGAACUCGAACAAUCUAGGUCCUACCUUUCUAAGCAGGGCAUGCGAAGGGUAGGAAAUGCAGGAGAUGCCCCCGAGCUCUCCUCUAGAAGGACCCAAAGUAGCCUCACUGUGUCAGAGGUGCUCACCCGGCGGAAUUGGGCAGGAGAAGCCAUCACAACUGCAGCUUGGAACCAUUCAACGGGCACAGAAGAAAGUGAGGACUGCGCACUCGGUGGCUGCAGACCACUGCACAAUUUCUCAGAGCAACCUGAACUGCCUGGGAAGCAGGAGUUGCCAGAGCCUGGGCGAGUCUGGGCCGAGGAACGACUACGGCCUGCCAGGCCUUGUGCUGAGGAAAACUGAGCCAGCUGGGUGAGGUCUACUGACUCCUCUGCUCCUGCUUCUCAGGUCUUCUACCUUCCUGCUCUGUGAAGGAUCCAAGGCCAGUUAACCAGGAUAGAUACAAGAGAGCUGGGCUGUGGCUCAGGUAAUUUUUGCCAGUUGGCCAGAGGGGGUCAGAGACUACAAACUCGACAGUCACCCAUACCCAGAUUUCCCUGAUGCAUGAGUCCUCUCACCUUGUCCCUGUUCCCAAGGUAGCAUUGGACCACUCUGUCCUCCAAAUGGGAGCUAUAGAAACCCCACCACCACCACCAUAUCACAGAAGCUGGAAGCUCUUCUCUGCUCCUUGGGGAUGUUCUGUAUCAUAGAGUAGCCCCUUUUCUGUGUUGUUAAUGCCCUGAUUCUCUGUCUCCUUACCAUAUCCACUUGGCUCCUUGUUUGCCUCAAGAGCUGAAGUACUCACGAACAAUUAGUUACCAGCCACCAGCUCUAAACAGGGAGCUUCCAUUCCUUGUCCUGGGGAGUUCUUUUUCUCAGACUUUGACAACAGAAGGGGUCUGUGCUGCCUCCAAGGACUGUAGUUCUCCCCUUAGUUUGAAACUUCUCUAACCUGUCUCCUAGCUGAUCAGUUUCGUAUGCAGGUGCCCAAAGGAGUGACACCCACCCACCAACCCAGUCCUCUGCUCACCCUCCAAAAGCACUCAGAAGUGCAUAAGCCUCAUGCGGUCUCCUUUCCUGGGCACCAGUAAUGCUGCUGGCAUCACCUGCCUUCUCUCUUGUGGCUGGACUUCAUCGUUCUCACCUUGGGAAGAUCCCUAGACUGAGCUGGGCUGAGCCAGCAUACUCUGCCUUCUAGAAGUGCCCAGCAAGGGAGAAAACAAACAGGAAGAAGUGAUUUCCCUUUAGCCACUCCACAAGCAAUAGCCCCAUGAAAGACAUGGACUAAAUGCUCUCUCCUGUCCUCCUCCUCCAUCUCCCGUAGAGGACGCCUUGCACUUUAUUUCCCACGCUCACAUGUUCCUGCAGAAGCAGGUCCCCUGAUCUCUGCAAGUAGACUGUCAUGAGAUGAUUCACUGGAAGAAUGGUCACUGAACCUGCCUAUUGAGGGCCUCGGAUUUAUAGUUCAAAGUGCAGCAAACCUUUUAGGAAGCCACAUAAAUAAAAAUUGAUUAGUUUUCCUUAUACUAACCAUAUGGGGAAGUUAGAAAGAACAGUAUAUUCUUGGCACUGCUUUUUCCGUAACAGUCUGUCAAUCCCCAGAAGAGAUCCCUCCAUGGCUACCUGUAUAAAGCAGAUGCUGUUGCCUUCACAUCCACAGCAAGAGCAUUAGGCCAGGAGUCUGGAAAGCUGUUUUUUUUUCCCCCCAAGGCCUGCUUCCUUGCUGUGUGACCUUGGGUGAGUCAUUAUCGUCCUGGAGCUGCUUCAGUUUUCCCUAUCUGUAAAAUGAGUUCUUUGAAAUAGAUGACCUCUAAGGACCCUAAAUCUGGUAUUCUAAGAUCCUUUGGUUUUCACCGUCCAGUGUAGGCCUGUUCUUGCUUUUGGGUUUUGGGGAGCAUCUUCCCUCCUGCCUUCAGUUGUCUUUCUGGACCACAGGAUUUCUCGUUUCCUCACAUUUCUUUUUCAUGGGGGAUGAGCUCAGACAAGCUCCCUAGCCUCUGUUUCUGGUCUGUGAAGUGAAGGGAUUGGAUGGUCUCUGAGGCUGUGUGUGGCACUGGCCUUUCCUAGUUAUGUGUGGCACUGGGAAAGGCCAGUGCCACACAUAACCCCUGGCUUUCAGACCAUGUACCUUCCAUAACAGUCUGCAUAUCUCCUAUGCCUGUGCCUCCUAUUAAUUUCCUGGUGACAGGGAAGACUCAGGACUUCCUCAGGAUGAUUGUGAGUGGCCUCUCCCACCCCCACUCAGCAUGGGCACAUGUCUGCCCUUGUCUGCAUCAGACUCUGCCAUCUCGAGGAGGUGUGUGGAGCACCUACCUUUCUUUCAGGGACAGGACUUUCUUGCUCGUACUUCUGUUCGCUGGAGUUUUGCCAAUCUAAAGGCAUUGUCAUGUGGCUUGCCUUUCUUUCUCCACAUCGGGACUCAGAUGCACACUUUGGGAAUCUCUUUCUGCUGCUGCUUUUCAGCUUGCUCCCGCAAGGCUGCAGACCUUAAAAGUGGCUCUGUGCCAUUCUUCACUAAUUGGCAACCCUGAGAGCUCAGAGGAAAUUGACCUCUAUGGUGGUCAACUGAUGUUAUAGGAAAUUCGAUCUGUGGCUUUUCUCUGCUGAUGGAAACAGAAGGGUGCCAAGCCACAAAAGAUCUCGCAAAUAAUUUCCAUCUUUGGGUGUUGGAGCCCUGGAUUCUGGUGCUGUAGCUCCUGGUGCCAAAGUCUGGCUCUUUCCACAUUUCAGCAGCACCAACAUCUGCCACUUCUCAAAAUGUUCUGUGGAAAAGGGACAGCUGUGUGGGGACUGCCAUUUUGAAAUCUGAGUGCAAUAGGAUUUGAUUGUAACAGUUAUUUCAGGAUAAGUAUUUGUCUCUUUAAUCUGCAUACUUUGUGGAACCGCUGUAAAGUAGAUGUUAUUUUUAAAUGUCCUCACCAUUGCAGAGAGUAACAUUUGUACUAGCAAGUGACUGCUGGAGGCUCAGUUCCUCUGGGCUUCACAUGGCUGGCUGGCUGACUCUAAGAUUCCAAAGUUAAAAGGCACAUUUCUGAAAAGCAACCACAAUGAGGCCAUUUGGACCCAGAGCUCAUGAUCAGGGGUCCUGGAGGAAGCCUCUGAGGAAGAGACCCGGUAGUUGAAUAGUUGUCUAAACAAACCAAAUACUCCCUCGGUCCCAGCCAAUAACCCCACUUAAGACAAGUGCUCCUCUUCUGCAGCCUGGCUCUGACUCUGUAUUGUAGCAGCAGGUGUGUGGCUAUGGGAGUUCCCCAUAAAGCUGGGGAACCUAGUGCUGCAGAGCUGCUUGGUUAGAGGAAGUAGAACUGGCUAAGUGCCAGGAGUUAGUGUCUCCCACCUGCCACUCUGUCUUGCCAAUCUGGUUCUAAAACGAUGAGAGAAAGCUGCAGGGGUUGGAAACAAAAAAGCUGUGGCAGGUUUGCUUCUGAGUAGCAUGUGGGUUAAAGUGAUCUGUGUGGGGCCGAGGACUCCAGUCUCAGCUGCAGGCAAGCUUGCACACCGGCAGCCCCUCUGCUGGGGGCAGGGCCUAUAGUGUUCCUGGGGCAGAUUUUAGUUCUUUAGGUUUAGUGGGUCAGUGCCCAGUGCUGCCACUUCCCAGUGAAGGAACAGAGACCCAGAGGCUGGGUCCCUGCUCCCUUUGUUGGCGUGGUUUUCUUUUGUUUCUCUGACAAGACUGCUUUGGAAGAGCUGCUUGUAGGGAUUCUGACUAUCCCAAGUGGGCACAGGGUUCUCCUCCAUGCCUCAACCAAGAUCACAGGAAAGGGGCUCUAUUUUCCUGCUGCUUCACAGCUCAGAACAUGUACUGAAUGGAAUGUAUUUUUAAAAGAAUAAAGUCUAUUUUUUUGUAUUUUAAAGAUUGGGAGGGCUAGGAAGAUAGCCCUCAAAUAAACUGUUAUUGCAUUAUACAGGCCCCGUUGCUGGGGCGUCAGGCUCUGUCGGUCCACACGUGCUUGCUCAGGCAGGUGCUCAGGCCUCGCCCUGCCCCUUGGAGUCUAGGUGCAGCAGCUUUACAUUCCCGCUCUAAGCACGGGACCAAGGCGGCCAGAACCUAGGGAAACCAGGGCAGUGCCAUGGGCAGCAGUUCAGGGCGCCUGGGGUGCGUGUGUGUAGUUGAAGCUGCCUGUCUGCAUGUAUCCUUCAGCUCUAAUGCUAUUGGCGCUGCAGCACAAUAUGUAACCAAUAAAGCUCCCUCAUUUCCACAUGCUCCGUGUGUGAGUCAGUGGUGCCAGUUUUGUUGAUGUUUUCCUUGUGUUGGUCCAGCUGGUGUAUUUCACUAGUUCAGGUAAAAUACCUAAGAACUGGAAAUGUGAACCUGGAGAAGGCUGUGCCUACAACCAGCAUAAAUGAACCAGAGUUAGGAUCCCCAGCCAUUUCUUUGUUAGUUUAUUUUUAGACUUACCACCAAAAAUGAUCAUCUAGCUUUCUCUUAAGCUGCCUGUGCCAUUUAUUAAAAAAGAAAAACUUCUAAAAGCACCACCCCCGAUGAGACCACACAUCCUUAUGACGCUCCUCAGGUAACAGCGCAGGUGGCAGAGCCAGGAUUCGGAUCUAGGAUGCACUCUACAGCACACACACACUUUCCACCUUGCAGGUCUUACCUUCCCAUCAUGGUCACAUAUUUUUCAGUGGAUUUUUUUUUUUUUUUAUUGCUGGCACUGUUCCAGGACUAAACAUCUUCCAGUUAGACUUCAAGUAUAAUGUCCCUCAGUAAAACCUCAUUUAGACUAAUUGUAAGGAGCUGACUAACCCAAGUACAAUGUGGUUUCCUACGUGCAUUUGUACUUAGUUUACGAGGAGCCCUAGGAGGAACACUGCUGUCCCCUUCCUGCUGAAAUGGGAGACUCUCCUAGAUAUCUAGGUGGGUCUUAAAGAAUUCUACAAGUAGCCUUACAGAGGGAGACAAUACACAAGGCCACUAGAAGAUAACGACAAGGACAUGAAAUGGCCAUCAGUCUGGUUGGGAAUAUAGCUCAGUGGCAGAUGUCUACUUAGCACACAUCUUAGCCUUACAUGCCCAGCACUGCAAAAGCAAAAUGAUUAGAUUAGCUUUCUAUUGUUUUAAGCCACUAAGCGUAUGGUAUUUGUUAUAUGAGCUAAGUUACUUGUCUUUGAUCCUCUCUGUAAUACUUCCCAAGUCAAUCAACAGAACUGGAAAGUGAGCAUACUGGAAAUAAAGGCAGAGAGGUCAACCAGAGGCCCAAACUUUGGUAUGAGCCUUGUUUUAUCUUGAUUCAUCCCAGGUCUCCUCUUGGCACAUCGUCAUACAGUGCCAGCAGGAAGUCAAGUCCCACUGGUAAGAAAGCCCACUGCUGCAUGAGUGGUUCCCCCAACCUUAUUUUCCUA